AUGGCUUCCAGGCUGAAUAUACCACACAAUUGCCUCUUUCAGUGUCUCUGCUUAUCAAUCCAGCACCUCAACUCAGAAACACUUUCUCAAAUCCCACUCAAUACCACUGAAUGCACAAUGGCUAGAACACCAUUGGCCAUGUCUCGUGUAGCAGCUCAAAAUCAGGGAGAAAGAAACUUUCAUAUUUUCUAUCAGCUUCUCAGUGUAGAUGAUACUAGUUUCUUAAAGUCACUAAAAAUAUCACGAAAUGCCGAAAACUAUCAUUUUCUCAAAGGUAGUGGCUGUGUUCAAGUAGAAACCAUUGACGAUAAAGAAAAUUUUUAUGCAGUCAAAAAUGGAAUGGAAGUUAUUGGCUUCCAAGUUCAUGAAAUAUUUGCUGUCUUUCAACUCGUAGCCAGUGUUCUAAAGUUUGGUAAUUUAGAAUUUCAUCACAGAAGCAAUUUGGAUGGAACCAAUGGAUGUGUUUUGAUGAAUGAAUAUGAAGCCCAAGAAAUAUCAGAGUUAAUUGGUUGUUCUGCGGAAGAUUUGCAAACUGCACUGACCCAAAGAACAGUGGAAGCCCGGGGAGAAAAGUUAAAGACAGACCUGAGUACAGCUGAUGCUGCCUAUGCUAGGGAUGCUUUAUGUAAAGCCAUAUACAGCCGGAUGUUCUCAUGGCUCGUCCAAAGAAUAAAUGAUGGAAUCCGGGUAAAAAAGAAAACCAAAACAAAAGUAAUGGGAGUGCUUGAUAUUUAUGGCUUUGAGGUUUUUGAGAAUAAUAGUUUUGAACAAUUCAUCAUCAAUUACUGCAAUGAAAAGUUGCAACAGAUUUUUAUUGAACUGACUUUGAAAGAAGAACAAGAGGAAUAUGUGAAAGAAGGAAUUGAGUGGAUACAUGUGGAUUAUUUCAAUAAUGCUGUGAUAUGUGAUUUAAUAGAAAAGAACAAUGUGGGGAUACUUGCCAUGCUGGAUGAAGAGUGCCUUCGGCCAGGAACCGUGACAGACCUGACAUUCUUAGAAAAACUUGAUUUAACUUGCUCUGAACAUCCCCAUUAUGAAAGCCGUGGAUGUAGGAAAAGUAUGUCCGACAGAAGCCUUCCACAUGAGGCCUUCAGAUUAAAACACUAUGCAGGGGCGGUGACAUAUAAAGUCGAAGGCUUCUUAGACAAAAAUAAUGACUUGCUAUUCAGAGAUCUGUCUCAGGCAAUGUAUAAAUGCAGACACCCUUUACUCAAGGAGUUGUUUCCUGAAGGAAAUCCUGUCCGCCCAUCCUUAAAACGUCCAGCUACUGCCGGCUCACAGUUUAAAUCCCAUUCCUCCCUCUUGUCACCUCUCCUUCACUCCUGUUAUCAGUCCUUCCCCCCUCUUGUCACCCCCCCUGUUCUGUUCCCUCCUCUCAUCACCUCCUCUGGAGUCCCAUUCCUUCAUCUUGUCACCUCCCCCUCCACUCGCAUUCUUCCCUCUCAUCACCUCCCACUUCAGUCCCCAUUCCCAGUUCCCCUUCUUAUCAUCUCCCUUCCUGUUCUGUUCCCUCCUCUCAUCACCUCCCCUACAGUUCUAUUUCUCCCCUUCAGUCCUGUUCUCAGUCCCAUCCCCACUCUUGUCACCUCCCCCUCCUCUCCCAUUCUUCCCUCUCGUCACCCCGCUUCAGCUCCCAAUCCCAGUCCCAGUCCCCCUUCGCAUCAGCUCCCCUCCUGUUUGGUUCCCUCCUCUCAUUGCCUCCCCUUCCCCUCCAGGUAUCCCUCUCAUAACCUCCCUUCCAGUCCCGUUCCUCCCUCCCUUCAAAAUGUAUCCGUAGCUGAACUAAUGAAGAAUCUUUUAUCUAAAAAUCCUAAUUAUAUCCGGUGUAUUAAGCCGAAUGAUUUCAAGAAGCCAAUUGCUUUUGAUGAAGAUUUAGUCCGACAUCAGGUUCGAUAUUUGGGACUAAUGGAGAAUGUCCAAGUAAGAAGAGCUGGUUAUGCCUUUCGACAGAGCUAUGGUCACUUUUUAUACCGCUACAAAAUGUUAGCUCAUGCCACCUGGCCACACUGGGAUGGACCAAUUCAAGAAGGUGUCAAGGUCCUCAUGGAGAGCAUGGGAUUUUCGAGUAGAGAUUAUGCUUUCGGAAAAUCAAAGGUCUUCAUCAGGAAGCCCAAAACACUGUUCGACAUGGAAGAGAAGCGUCGUGAACAGAUGCAUUAUUUGGCGGUUCUCAUCCAAAAAGUUUGGCGAGGAUGGAGGCAAAGAAAAAUCUAUCAACUAAUGAAGUGCAGUGAAAUUAUUAUUUCCUGCAUGUUCCGAGGAUAUUGGGCCAGGAAAUGUUUCUUACAGAAAAAGAAUGCUACAAUUGUCAUACAGUCUUUCUGGCGUGGCUACAAAGCUCGGAAUCUUUUAAAAGAACUUAAACACCAAAAACGUGUCCUCUGGGCAGUGUCAGUAAUUAGAAAAUAUUACCGGGGGUGGCAGGUUCGCAGGGAGUAUAGGAACAAGUUUCGUGCGAUUGCUGGGCCCAAAAUUGUCCUUUUCUUCCAAGUGGCUUUGAGAAAGAAAUUUCUUUUAAGUUUGCGAGGUCGGCUACCCUCGAUGUCCCCCAUAUCUCAAGAAUGGCCAAGAUGUUCAAAUUUGUUCAAGCCCACUUCAGAGGAGUUAAGAAAAAUAUUUCACCGUUGGCGGUGUCGAAAAUAUCGUGAGAAAUUAGAUUUGAUAACCCAAAAUAAGAUGAAAGAAAAAGUAAUUGCUAGUGACCUUUUCAAAGGAAAAAAGGUUACUUAUCCACCAAGUGUGCCACAUCCAUUCAAAGGUGACUAUUUAAAUUUAAGGAGCCAUUUUAAGUGGAAAAAAAUGUAUGACCACACCCAUGACCAAAACCUAAUUUUUGCUGAUAUGGUGCUAAAAGUGAACAGAGCCAAUGGCAAGAUGAUGCAGCGGUUGUUUGUGAUGAGCACAGAGGCCAUCCUGUCUAUUGACCAACGUACAAUGUCACUUAAGUACCGAAUCCCAUUAGCACAAAUAGAAAAGAUUUCUGCAAGUCCAUAUACAGAUAGACUUAUGGUCUUUCAUAUUAAAAAGGAAAAUGGAGGGAUACUCAGCAAAAAGGGAGAUUUUAUCUUCAGCGGUGAACACAUUUUUGAAAUCAUCACAAAAGCAUACAUAUUGAUCCAGAAUAUUUGUGGCAAACCACCAGAGGUUCACAUUUCUAAUCAGUUUGCUGCUGAUUUGAAUGGGAAAAAAGUGGAUAUAUGCUUUCGGCGAGUACCUCAAGAAAUUCUACCUGGUGUUUUGAAAAUCACCAGGAAAGGAAACCAAUUUGAUGUUCUUCAACAUUGA